GAGCUCGACGGUGUGACUGAUACUAUGUCAUGAAACCGCAAAUGGUUUUGGAAGCUGUGAAUACAUCUACCAACUCUAUCAAACGCCUACUAUCGAUGGGAUCCUGAUAUGUGGCUGGAUCGUUUGGCGGGGCACACGGCGUCUGGCUCGCCAGGAGCUCAGAAUAACAGGUCGUACUCUCCGGCGGCGCCCCGACGGACCUCACACUUGGCUCCACGAUCUUCCUCAGCACGGCCUGGGCUAAGUCCGCGUGCAUCGACACUAUCUCUCAUUUCAAACACAUCUACAAGCUCUCUUCCUAGUGCUGCCCGCUUGCCGAAUGGCUCGAGUCUACGGAAUCAAGUUUCCCAGACAGCUCCCUUGGAUGUGCCCGAUCCCAUUCAUAUACUCCAAGGGAUAAUUGGAGUCGAGAUACCCAAGAAACAGGAUCCAGCUGACAGUACCUGGAAGAAAAGGAAAGUGGAGAAGCCUGUCGACAUAGUCGAAAAUCCGGAUUUUGGAAAUCUAAGUUUGGAGGCUUUCGCGGAGGGCGCAAUUGUACGCCAAGAUGUUUCAAAACAUGCUGUACAUAAGAUGAAUGCGCAGUCAAUUGCAGAGUACGAGAAGGAUAAAGACAAGUUCGAAGAGUUGCAUCGUUCAAUCACUGCCUGCGAUAAUGUUCUUAAGACUGUUGAAGCAUACUUUACAACGUUUGAAACUGACCUCGGCGCUGUCUCCACUGAGAUCGAGACACUGCAAGCACAAUCGACCGCCCUGAACAACAAGCUCGAAAACCGGCGGCUUGUAGAAAGGGCCCUUGGCCCUGCGGUGGAGGAGAUCAGCAUCGCUCCUACCUCGGUGAGAAAGAUUGCGGAAGGACCAGUAGAUGAGGCUUGGAUAAAAGCACUCAAUGAGUUAGAGAGUCUUGCCAGAAAUCUCGACAAGAAGUUUCCUGGACAAGAACAAGUAAAGGCUGUAGAGGAUAUACGCUCUCCGUUAGAGAACUUGAGACACCGGGCUAUCGAACGGAUCAGGGAUUUCUUGGUUACUCAGAUUAAAUCCUUGCGGACCCCGAAUGUCAAUGCUCAGAUUCUCCAACGGCAGAAUUUCCUCAAGCACAAAGAUGCGUACAAAUUUUUGGCGCAACAUCACGCUCAACUUGCGGGAGAAAUUGGUCAGGCUUAUAUCAACACCAUGCGUUGGUAUUAUGUGAGUCACUUUAGUCGGUAUCAAAAAGCUCUGGAGAAACUCAAGGUUCAUGUGUUCGAUAAACACGAUGUGCUCGGUUUGGAUGAACAUGGACGAAGAAGUCAUCUUGGUGGUUCAAAGGCCGCCGCUGCGCCUCACGAUGCUUUCAAUCUAGGCCGCCGUAUCGAUCUCCUUCGAACGACGAACGACGCAGCGAUUUCUUCUUACCUUGCAGAAGAGGACAAGUCUACUCAUUACCUCGAGGUACCGUUCCGAAACUUCAAUCAAGCUCUGAUCGAUAAUGCCUCCGCCGAAUUUUUGUUUCUCACAGAGUUUUUUGCGCCAAACUCAUUCCACGACAUCUCGCGCAAAUUCAUGGAGAUUUUUGAGCCAACAUUUGCUCUAGGCCAAGCACUUACGAAACAAUUAAUCGACACAACUGUUGAUUGCUUAGGCGUCCUUUUAUGUGUCCGACUUAACCAAAAGAUGGCAUUCAAACUUCAACGCAGAAAGGUCCCCACUGUCGAAACUUACAUCAAUGGAACCAAUAUGCUGUUGUGGCCGCGUUUCCAGAUAAUUAUGGACAUGCAUUGCGAUUCUAUUCGGCGAAUUGCCAGUGCCACGUCAAGGAGUGCAACAUCUGCACUUUCUUUGAGUGCGCCGGACGCCUCAAAGCAGUCGGCAGCGCCGCACUACCUAACACAACGUUUCAGUCAGCUCUUGCAAGGUAUACUUGCUCUGAGCAGUGAGGCUGGAGAUGAUGAGCCGGUAUCAAGCAGCCUCGGACGAUUAAGGACUGAAUACGAAGCAUUCUUAAUGAAAAUAAGCAAAGGCGUCACGGAUCCCCGAAAGAAGGAGCGGUUUCUCUAUAAUAACUAUUCCCUUGUUCUCACCAUUAUUACUGACACCGAAGGCAAGCUGUCAGAUGAACAGAGAGAGCAUUUUGAAGUUUUGAAGCGUGCAUUUAGUGAGAGUUCGGGAUGAAACUUUCUUCUACUCCUAGUUAUUACAUUUUGAUGGACGCAUUUCCAACGGCGCCAAAGUGGUAUCGGACAAAAAGGCCUCGUUAUCUGUUUAGACUUUCUCCUUGAAUUUGUCCAUUCGUCAUUUUAGACCGAGACUGAGUCGCCUUCGUAUAAGCAUAAGGAGUCUUGAACUGAAUAUCUCGGCAAUUUUUCAAUUGUGGCUCGCGAGGCUUCCAAUCCAGACACACCUUUCAGUUGGUUCCGCUUUCUACGUGAAGUGAAUGGCUACAUGUUAAUCAAUUGGAACCUUCCCAUAUUCCAGCAAGCAAAGAGUAGGC